CUGAUAUGUGCAACAAUGGACCAGAAAAUAAUAUCUCUAGCAUCAGAAAAAACAGCAGAUAGACUGCAGGAAUUUCUUCAGACCCUGAAAGAAGAUUAUUUGGCUAAUCUCCUUCAGAGUCAGGCAGUGAAAGGAAAAGCUGCUGGAGCACUCCUGCGAGCCAUCUUCAAAGGUUCCCCCUGCUCUGAGGAAGCUGGAGCUCUUAGGAGACUUAAGAUAUACAUUUGUUGUAUCCACUUAGUGGAAUCAGGGGAUUUGCAAAAAGAAGUAGCAUCUGAGAUCAUAGGAUUACUAAUGCUAGAGGCUCACAAUUUUCCAGGAUCAUUACUGCUUGAAUUAGCCAAGGAGUUUAUUAGUGCUAUCAAAGAGGGCAGCUUAACCAAUGGAAAGUCUUUGGAGUUAUUACCCAUUAUUCUCACUGCCCUUGUUGCCAACAAGGAAAAUCUGGAUUAUGAGAAAGGUGAACUGAGUGGGGAAGAAUGUAAGAAGCAGUUGAUUAACACCCUGUGUUCUGGCAGAUGGGAUCAGCAAUAUGUAAUCCAACUCACCUCCAUGUUCAAGGAUGUCCCUCUGACUGCAGAAGAGGUGGAAUUUGUGGUGGAAAAAGUGUUGAGGAUGUUCUCCAAGUUGAAUCUUCAAGAAAUACCACCUCUGGUCUAUCAGCUUCUGGUUCUCUCCUCAAAGGGAAACAGGAGGAGAGCUUUGGAAGGAAUCAUAACUUUCUUCAACAAGCUAGAUAAGCAUCACAAUGAGGAACAGAGUGGUGAUGAGCUGUUGGAUCUUGUUACCGUGCCAUCAGGUGAACUGCGUCAUGUGGAAGGCACCAUUAUUCUACACAUCGUGUUUGCCAUCAAACUGGACUGUGAACUAGGCAGAGAACUCCUGAAACACCUAAAGGCAGGACAACAAGGAGAUUUCAGUAAUAACAUAUGUCCCUUCAGCAUUGCCCUCCUGCUCUCUGUAACAAGAAUACAAAGAUUUGAGGAACAGGUGUUUGACCUUUUAAAAGCUUCAGUUGUAAAAAGCUUUAAGGAUCUUCAGCUUCUCCAAGGCUCAAAAUUUCUUCAGAAUCUAGUGCCUCAUAGGUCUUGUGUUUCAACCAUGAUCUUGGAAGUCGUAAAGAAUAGGUGAG